AUGAAGAUAUUGUUCUUUCUGGCCGUGUACAGUUUUGUCGGACUUGGGCUUUGUGAGGUAAAGAAAGUUUUGUGAUAAGAAUUCAAAAUUAUACUUUUUUUUGUAAAAUAUGUUUUUAUGAAGUUUCUUGUUGUUUAUAUAAAUAUAUAGAGGUGGUAUAGUAGGAGUGGAAAAUGAAGAGCAAACUAUUUACUUUGAUAUAUUCAGGACCCCCUAAUAGUAACAACAACACCAGUAGAUGUUGAGGUUCGAGAAGAGAUCGGAAAAGAUUUGGACAAGAUUUUGACAUCACAUAAAGCCGUGCUGUUCUCCAAAACGUACUGUCCAUUUUCGAAAGCUUUGAAAGGGAUCUUGGGCUCAUACAAAAUUGAUGACUUACACAUUGAAGAAGUCAAUUUGAGAGGUGAUAUGAAGAAGGUUCAGGUAAGAAGUUUUCCAGUUUUAGAAAAUAUUGUACUCUACUCUAACUCCUCUACAAAUUGCCUUAGUGUUGCCAUAAACUUACUCUAUUCAACAUUAGCUUCACCACAUCCUUGCUCUAGGUCUACCUCACCCUUACUAUCAGGUUGAACCAAAAAUAGCGGGAAACUUUUCAAUUGAAAAAUAAAUGAAAAGUGUCCCGCUACUUUUAAUUCAAUUUAAUAUUGCCUUACUUACCUUUACCCUAGCCUAUUAUAGGACGAACUUCAAACUCACAGUCACAUUCACACCGUGCCUCAAUUUUAUCUGAACGGUGAAUUCGUUGGGAAUUAUGACAAAGUGCACAAAUUGGAAAGAGAUGGAAAGUUAAGACAGAUUUUGGAAGAUGCUGGGGUUGUACCUAAACAUUAA